AUGGCGAGGCUGGGAUGCGCUGGCGCCUCACCGCCGAGAAGAUAUCUUUUGAGUCGCAUUGCUGAGAAGCAGAGUCGAGAUAGUUUGGAGAUGCAAGGGAAACAGCUGAACGCUCCUGCAUGCAGGGCUUCCGUCGGCUCCAGCGGAGGUCCCGAUCGUUCCGAAGAUCGAACCUCGCGCGUCUCUUUCACCUACUGGGCAGCAACGCUUUGCUAUCAUCCAAGUCUCGUACGCCGUCAUCGUAAUCAGCUUUUCGACCAGCCUCGUAAAGGUGAAUUGAUGAUCAUGGCCUCAAAAGCUCACCACAACGAUUGCUAG